CUCAAUUUUCAGUCCCUCUCUUUCUCUUUCCGAACCCUCAUUUCUCUCCCUCUCUGCUUCUACUUCUGAUAUAGCUUCGCUUGGAUUCUCGAUAUCGUCUUCGAUUUCUGCUUUCUAGCAGAACUCCAAAGUUCUGGGUUAAUUUGCUUCACUUUUCAAUGGGGGAUGCUGAAAAUGCCAUUCCAUCUACAAAGAAGAGGGCUGCUGGAAGGGAGAUAUCACGAGAUAACCCUGGGCUUGAUGAUGAAGAAGAAGUUUCUGAGCAAGAUACUGGAACGUUCAAGCGGGCUAGUGAUGAGGUGCUGGCCACCAGAAGAAUUGUGAAAAUACGCCGUGGUCAGCCUGCCCCACCUGCCCCACCUGCCCCAUCUUCUAAUCCCUUUGCUGGAAUACGAUUAGUACCUCCAACUGAAAAUAGUGGAAGUGCUUCAGAAGUUAAAAGUGAUGCACAUGAGAAAACAGGUUCAGAUGACACAAAUGGAAAGGAUGUUUCCCACGAAGAGACUCAAAAAGAUGGAGUUCAUAAUGAUGAGCCAGCAGAAGGUAAAAUUGACAUUUCAGAGGCAGAGGCUAAAUCUGUUCAACAUGUGCAGAAUGUUGAUCAGAAUAGAACUGAUGUAAAUGAAUCCUCAAAACUUGAAGACAUACCUAAGGUAGAUAAUAACCUUGUAGCUGAAAGCCGUAAGACUGAAAAUAAGAAACCAGUUGAGGGAGAUAAGACUCAGAAUGAGGAACCUGUAAGUCAGGAUAAGGCCGAAAAUGAUGAAUGUGCAAUUGGUGGUAAGAAUGAGAAUCUUCCUGCAAGAGGCAAUAUGAAUGAAAAUGAAGAACCCAGUGAAGGAAAUGAGAUACAAAACAAGGAAACUGGGGAUCAAGUAAAGACAGAAAAUGAAGAAAAGAGAGAAGGUGGAAGUGAAGCAGAACCAAGUAAGGAAGCUGCUCCUUUGAGCUCAUUCCAACAACUAUCAAGUAGCCAGAAUGCCUUCACGGGUCUUGCUGGUACCGGAUUUUCGACAUCUACGUUCUCCUUUGGUAAUAUACCCAAGGAUGGAGUUGGCCUGACUGCUAGUUUUGGUCUCUCUAAUAAUGGCAGCUCAGCCCUCUUUGGUACUUCAGGGUCUUCCAUUGUUUCCAAGAGUGAGAAAAGUGGCUUCCCAUCAAUGCAAGAGGUUGCAGUUGAAACUGGUGAAGAAAAUGAAAGUGCAGUUUUCACUGCUGAUUCUAUAUUGUUUGAAUUUAUUGAUGGAUCUUGGAAGGAACGUGGGAAGGGGGAGCUGAAAGUUAACACCUCUACAAGCGGGACGGGCAGAGCUAGGCUUCUUAUGAGGGCUAGAGGGAAUUACAGGUUAAUUUUGAAUGCAAAUCUUUACCCUGACAUGAAGCUCACCAACAUGGAGAAGAAAGGUAUCACGUUUGCCUGUAUGAACAGCACCAGCGAAGGGAAGGACGGUCUUUCAACAAUUGCUUUGAAGUUCAAAGAUGCAUCCAUAGUGGAGGAGUUUCAAGCAGCGAUCAAUGAGCAUAAAGGCAAGGCUUCUACAGUUCUGAAAACGCCAGAGAACUCUCCUUAAGGAUUCAAUACUUUUCAAAGUUCAUAUGUGGUGGAGAAGAAGCUGUCGUGUCGUGUCGUGUCUAUCAGAGGUAAUCCUACAGCUCAUGCUCAAGUGAGUAGUUUUUUCAGUUCGGCAUUUCGUAAGCCAUCCAUGUAGCAGAGUUAUAGAAUCGUACGCAUUUUGUUGUAGUUUUAUUUGUCACAGACUCUUCUUUUCUCUUCAUAUCUUGGGUGGAACAUUACUUCAGACUAAGUAUGCUCCUACACCAUGGAAUCCUUUGUCAGAAUCUCAUAAUUGUCAAUGAACUUUCCGAUAUGAACCAGCUUUUCUGCUCUUGAUUCA